AUGGAUCAAGCGGAAUUUAGGGCUCGAUGGGAUUACGCCAAAGAGCUUAACAUCCGAUUUCUUGGCCCCGCCCCAUCCAGUCAAUGGCCUGAUGCCCACCGCAGGCUAUUCGAAGAUAUUCAGAAGCUCGGGAAUCAGAAAUAUUCGAGCUUUAGUGAGACUGUCUCUGUUGACUCGAUAGACAAGCCCUGGCGACGUCAAACGAAGCAGAGGGCAGCGCGCCUAGUCCAGCAAAGUCAGAUAUCCAGGGAGGAUAGGAAGAAUGAGGCCGGGUGGAGAUUCUCGAUUGAACCGGAGGUUCUCCAUAGAUUUACGGUUGAAGUAACCUGUCCCAGAUGUCGUAGCAGGCUCUGGAAAUCGGAGAUCGAAGCCGCGGUGCAGUCCUCACAGCCAUUUGCUCAGUCCUUGGAGGCUAGGCGUAGGCGCCGUGAGCCAUGCCGGUGUGUUGACCAGUGGAGUUACAACAGUGGAUACGAGAACGGGGUGAACAUGUUGUUCUCAGACCGCGCUCAAGCAACCAUUAAACAUGACCCACCUCUACCUAUUGAAGGCCGAAGAAGAGGCCAAGUAUCAGAAGAACCAGACAGAAUAUACGGGCUGCGAGACACAGGUAGCUUGAAGAAGGUAUUGGACUCCAUAAACAAGCAUACGGCGUAUGUUGGAAAUGUCAAAACCCUCAGGGAUACAAUUGAAGUGAGCCCUUUUGAUGACGAAGGUGAGCGAUUGCUCUUUCCUUUCUUGAUAAUGGAAGCCAAAUCUGGCAAGCACGGGGACAUGGCAGCCGUGGAGAUGCAAACAGCCUUUUGCAUUCGGCGCCUGUUGAGACUACAACUUGAGUUACGGAAGGCUGGUGAGUGUGUUUGUGGCACGUUCGAGCCACUAGUCUGGUUUUUAUCGUGGUCUGGGGAGCGGUGGAACGUGGCUGGUUGCUUUGUCAAAGACGCGUGCGGCUCCAUUGAAUGGGUGACCGUGAGCUUGUGGAGUGGGGAUUUAACGAGCGAGGAUGGCUCGCUGCAGCUUCUUCUGAUUAUUGACUACAUAUUCGACUGGGCUCGUGACGUCUAUCGGCAGUCUCUGCUGGCCCAGCUCAGCAGCCUGUCCACGGAAUACAUCCCGGAUUCUGACCCUGAUAUAUUGUCGACUAUUGAGCGAUGUUCCACAGUCUUGACUUCUCUUCCCAAUGACUCCGUUGGCUUUCCAUCUCAGACUGUACCACGGUCAGUUAUUUCCAGCGGAGACUACUUGAAUCUCUUUCAUGCAGAAGGGGUUGUGAGAGACGCUUCCGUGAUCGAGUCUAGAUUCAUGGCUCUGUACAUAACGGAACACGACGUGGAUCCAUUCAGGCUUUCGUUUGCCUCUCAGGGAACAUACCGGGAGACAAUGAUCGAAAUGUCCUCUCUCCUGGAGGACUCGUGGCGCUGGGUGCCAGAUACCCUUUAUGGUAUCGAGGAAGCUUGGACGAGGACUUCCAGAUCCGCUGCUUCCAGCCACGCGCCAGAUAGAAGCCCCUUCUUCUUUGUUAGGUUCACUUUCCGGAUGUUUGUUGCAUCAGACUGGCAGCCAGUACGCCAGCUUGUUUGUCUCGCCAUCUCCAGCAGGGCAGUAGCGCAGCUUUGGGGAAACGAGAGGCUAGCCGUCUUCAACAGGGCCCCUCUAUAUACUAGCCGCGAGACGGAGAGAUUUCUCAAUUUCUUAAAAAGUUCAUCGAUAGUCGACACUCUGGCUGCCGCAAUAUCCAUGCAGUGCCUUACCAACACUUCGCGUAAACGCGCAGGGCCCAUUGCACCCUCGUGUUUUGGGUUCAAACGCGACGACUCAAUUUCUGUUCUUAAGUUGGUGUCGUUGGUCAUCGAAUAUCACACUAUCGGACGACGUCUGUCGCCAGACUCCUAUUUGCGCUACUCGCAUAUGCAAAGCAAACAAAGCCUAUACACAGAAGGACCGAAAGUGUGGCCGCACCUGGAGCAAUUAUCUCUCCAUUCUAAUGGCACUGUACUAGUCGAUUGCGAAGAAAAAGUGCCCGGAAUUCCUCGCCGAUGCCUUUACAUCGUGGAUGGCUCGUAUGAAGCUGCCGAUGCAGUACAUUUGGUGGAUCGAAUGUCUUAUGAGGGCGCCUAUUAUAGUGCCAUUCCGCUGUGUCUUAGUCACGACCCAGCAGAAUAUUUGGCCUACAUUAAUCGUCCGAUAGACCAUUCCAGGUACUGGAAACUGAAAAGAAAAGGGAAAGUUUCCACCCCUGGAUUUCAGCGCUGCAAGAGCUCAUAUCUACUGGGUCUAUCCUCCACGGCUCGUCGUCCUUCCCAAUACUGCUCUUAUCAUCUGACGAAGCCUCUAGCGACGACGAUGACAAUGAACCCACGCAAAUUACAGUAG